UAACCCUGGUGUUCAAAAGAAACAGAGAGGGCUGUUUCUUCACACAAACCCCUCAACCGAGACCCGUCCAUCACGGAAAUUGCUUUCAUCAGCAGAGGAGAGAACCAGAUUCAGCUGGCGCGUUCGCAAGCUGCAGAAGGUCUUUUUUGAAUGCUAUUCUUUUGAUUGAAAUUGCUAGCGAACUGAAUCUAUUCUUACGAAAUUGCUAGCGAACGCGGCCUAACUUUUGCAAUUCCUUCUCCCGCGCCGCAUCUCCUUCCCAAACGAGUAAAAAUCCCAAACUCUUGUCGCUCCACGCACCGCGCGCGAUGAGAACACCGUGCUUUUCUGUGUUGUUUGCUUGCUAGAAGAGGUUUUGCCGUACAAUUGCACAGAGAGAGCUCUUCUUUGAUGGGAAGAAAGCGAUACUGAGAGUGGAGCCAUGGAGGUCUUCAAUGAGGGCGUGAGUAUAGAGUGCAUGCGGAGAGAUGAUGAGCAGCCUCUUGAGGUGACGGCGGCAGCGGUGAUGCCGGUGCUCGGAGAGGGAGCGGAUGUUGCUGCAGGAAAAUACGAGCAGGGAUCUGGAAAGACGAACGUACGACCGAAAGGUCAGAAAAGGAAACGAGCGCCCAGCAAAGUCGCCAAUCCACCUUCCGCAGUAGACAGCCACUCGCAGUCACCGUCCCAACCACCCCGUCCGCGCAGGGUACGAACAAAGACCGCGGAAGAGGCGCAGCGCGACCAGGACAUGUUUGCCGUUCUCAACGACCUGAAGCGGUUUGUGAAGAUGGGCACGAUCGACAUCAGUAGGAAGGAGGUGCCGCGGUUGACCGCGCCGGGAAUGGAGGCCCCCGACGGAUGGCGCUGGAUCUCGCCGCCGUCGAGGGAGGUUAAGUUGCCGAAAGUGCUGGAGAUGGUAGCCUAUCUGUAUCGAAAACUGCUGGCGCGAGUGACGUAUAUGAUGAUUGACGAGCGCACGAUGAGACUACGAAUCUACAUGCUCCCACAAGACGCCGAGGGCCGACGGUGUGUGCCGAAGCCGUCGUCGGUUGUGAAGAAGACGACGAGAGAAGUGCUUGAGCUCGUGAACUGCAAUCCGGAGGCAUGGCAAGGCACGCCGGACGUACCGUUCAUCGCCCUGCUCGACGAGGCGCCAAAGUCCGCGCCGAGCCUGUUUGACAUGUUUAACAGCAUCACGCCGACGACGCGGUGCGCGCAUCCGUCGCCGCUGGACGAUAUCGAGAUUGACGAAAUCACAAGGGAAAUAAGGACCGGACGAAUCAAAGGCAUGCGCUCGACGCUUUAUCCGUACCAGCAAGAGACGGUGGCCGAGAUGUUGAAAAAAGAGCUGCUGCCGGAAAUAGUCGCCGACCCGCGCUUCCGCGAGAUGACCGCCGUCGACGGCACAAAGUUUUACCUAGACACGGUCGCACUCGAGGUAUACUCGCAGACCUCGUACUAUGACGGGUCGUUUGGCGGCGUGCUCGCGGAGGAGAUGGGCUUCGGCAAGACGUGUAUUUGCAUCGCGCUCAUAUGCGCAACGCUGCACCAGGGAAGCCGCGUUCCGGAGCUCUACCUGCACGACCCCGUCACUUACACGGAUACCCCGCCGCGGCUAUCUCAGCUCUGCGUGUCGACGAUUACAAAGUACGGCUUGCCAUGGCGGUAUUACCAGCAAGACAUGAGCCCCGAGUCGAUCCGCAUGCUGGAAUCGCAUGUCGGGUUCUACGACGUGCCGGUGUCGCGGUACAUCAGCACGCGCGCGUCGCUGAGCCGGCAGAGUCAGGAAAUUCAGUACAAGCGGGUGGUGCUUUCAAAGACGACGUUGGUGGUGUGUCCUGACUCGCUCGUGCAUCAGUGGUAUAACGAGCUCGAGAAACAUGUCGAGCCUGGGUUUUUGAGCGUGAUGGUUUUCGUUAAUGCGAAGAAGUCGGGGACGGAUUUUGAAAAGUACGACGUCGUGCUCACGUCGCAGCGGCGGUUUGCAAAGGAGUUUGAAGAUGAAUUCUCGAGAAUGCACAAUAUACAAUGGAAGAGAAUAAUCGUGGAUGAAGGCCAUUCGAUGGGCGCAGGCCAGACGUCGGCCUCGUUCGCGGCCAAACACCUGACAGUCGAUCGCAAAUGGGCCGUGACCGGCACCCCCGUUCCCGGCUUGCUCGGACUCAACGUCGGUCUUGAUGCGGCGAGCACGUCCGCGCGCGGAGCGUCGGCAGAUAGCGCGGGCGAGGUUAACGAUCAGCGGGUUGCGAAUCCGCAUAGCAAGGACGUGUCUGGUGAUCUGGCGCGGCUGGGGCAUAUUGUUGUUGAUUUCCUGCGGCUGGCGCCGUGGUGCGAUAGUCCGGGGAUGUGGAGCAAAUACUGCACGAUGCCGUUCUUGGCCGAGAACCGGCACGAGGUGGUUGAGCGGGUGCUGAGGCAGGUGAUGGUGCGGCAUCGGUGGGAGGAUUUGGAGAUCGACGUGCGGAUCCCGGAUCUGAGUCAUAAGGUUGUGAAGCUGGAGCCGAGUCUGAUGAACAAGAUCGCAAUUAACUUGUUCAACGCCAGCGUGGCCGUCAACGCCGUCUCGUCCGAUCGCGUGGACCAGGACUACUUGUUCCAUAAGAGCAACCUGAUCUCGCUCCGACGGCUCGUGAGUAAUCUGCAGCACAGUACGUUCUACUGGACCGGCCACGAGGUCGAGGACAUUGAGCACACGCUCAAGGUUGCCAACGAGUGUUUAGUGAACGGGAAAGCGUACACGGACAGCGACCGCGAAUUACUCAGAAAGUCGAUUGAUGCGAUGGAAUUUGCGCUGCGAAACGAGGAGUUCCACUUGUCGGUGAAGCACCAGGAAGUUUCGUACUAUGUCUCCAAAGUGCCGCCGAGCGUGCGCGACGCGCUCUGCGACAUCACAUACGGCGAGAGCGACACGGGCGUGAUUUCGGGGCCAAAGAUCUUGCAUCUCCAGCAGCUCGCGCGGAGUAUCAAGACGCGCGACGUGGACGGCAACGUUGCUGAUGCGGAUAUCAUUCCUGCAGUGGUGGAGGAAUUUUCGAGAUUUAAGGCCGUGAACAGCGGCGUCCUGCCGAUGAGCGGUGAGUCUGGGGAGGUGAUGGAGAUCGACACGGUGGUGACAGCGACACCAACCGACGACCGACGCGGUCACAAGCGGCAACGGACAAACAGUCUGAACGGCACACCAAUGCCUUUGCCUUCAAGUCCCAGCAAGCUCAAGGCUGCCGCAAGGGGAAAACACAACGGCCACAACUCCUCUGACAAACAUUACAACCCACACAGCCCUCGGCACGGCGGCAGCAACACCACUCGCAGCCGAAGCAAUAGCCACAACAACCUGCCCGGCGUGCCAGCGACGUCGACGGCCGCGACGGCGUCCUCGCACGGCGGCAGCAGCGGCGGCGCGAGCAGCAGCGAGUACCGCAAGUUCUUCACCAAUUACUCGUACAACAUCGGCUCGGCGCCGCUGCGGAUGACUGCCGACUCUGAGCUGCGGCGGAUGCAGAUCGACGCGUGCUUCUCGUCAAAGCUGACGUAUCUCCUGUCUCGGCUGAUGCAGCUGACGCAGGGCACGUCUGCGGGCCGCACGGAUGGGGAAGACGACGGGACGUGGGAGAAGGCGAUUGUGUUUUACGAGUACGACGAUAUAGCGUACUACAUCGGCGAAGCGCUCGAGAUCGCGGGGAUCGAGCACUGCUUCUACACGACUGCGGUGCCGCCGGUGGACCGGGCCAAGAACCUGACAUCGUUCAACACGACGGACGAGUACCGCGUGAUGCUGAUGGAUCUCAAUCUGGCUGCGCACGGGCUGAACGUGACGGCCGCGAGCCGGGUGUUUUUCAUGAACCCCGUGUGGCAGCCGAAUAUCGAGGCGCAGGCGAUGCGGCGCGCGCACCGGAUCGGGCAGACGCGGAACGUGUAUGUGGAGACGUUGGUGCUGAAGGGGACGGUUGAGGAGGCGAUGUUUGAGCGGCGGCGGAAGAUGACGAACGAGGAGUUUAUUGCUGCCAAGACGGCGCUGGACGACGCGCCGACGAGCGAGUUGAUCUCGCGGGCGCAUUUUAUUGAGAUUGAGAGCGUGGAGGGGAGGGUUGGAGUGCCGAAGGGGGAUCAGAGGGGGGAGGUUAUGGAGGAGGCUUUGUCGGUGCUGAAGGCUUCGGCGUGAUCAAUUUUGUAUAUGUGUAUGUAUGUGUAUGUGUAUGUGUAUGUGUAUAUGCUUUUGAUUAUGAAGGACACAGAUCAUAUGCUAAAGUCGACGACGCCGUUUGU